GGGGAAUUCAGUGGACGGUGAUACAGGUGUGGAGCUGGGAGGUCGGAUCAGUCCUCCUCCGGGCUUGGUAAGACCAUCACUGGGCUGGGGCUGCUUUUGGUGUUUGCUGCAAAGCACCAGAUGAAAACUGCCUCUUCUAUGGUUUCCCCCUGCGUACAUAGAACGGUGAAAAGAUGAACGUUGGUGUUGCACACAGUGAAGUGAAUCCCAACACGAGGGUAAUGAACAGCCGUGGAAUAUGGUUGACCUACGCGCUUGGUGUUGGAAUACUUCAUAUUGUGCUCUUGAGCAUCCCCUUCUUCACUGUUCCUGUUGUGUGGACAUUAACCAACGUAAUCCACAACCUGGGAAUGUAUGUGUUUUUGCAUGCAGUCAAGGGGACGCCCUUUGAAACACCUGAUCAAGGGAAAGCUAGACUUCUGACUCACUGGGAACAAUUGGAUUAUGGAGUACAGUUUACAUCUUCGAGAAAAUUCCUCACUAUAUCGCCAAUUAUUCUGUAUUUUCUGGCCAGUUUUUACACAAAAUAUGACCCAACACAUUUUUUUGUCAAUACAGUAUCUCUUUUAACAGUAUUGAUUCCCAAGCUGCCUCAACUACAUGGAGUUCGGAUCCUUGGAAUCAAUAAAUACUGAAUUAGAAGGCACCACCCAUGUUCUAACUAACUUCUUGCAUUUACUGGGAAGACUUAAAACUGGUAAUCUGCUGUACUGUUAACUAUUACUAGGAUGUACUGAGCAGUCUGUCUCUGCCAUUUUCAUUGUUUGUAUCCAUUCCAAAAUAUGACGUAUCUUGGUUUUGUAAUAGGAUAAACAACAAAUGAAAUCUGGUAAUUAGAACAGGUAUAGUUAAUCCCAUAAAAGCUUCUCAGGAAAAAUCUGGGCAGGCCCAGCUCUGAAAUGGGAAGGAACUUUAUUAUACUCGUUGUCACAGCUUUACAAAGCUGGCCAACUGUAUUAGAGAGGAGUUGCACGGAAGUAUUGCAACUUUGGACACAGUGCAAAGCUUAUUUACUGAGGUACAGAAGAUUGGGGCACUGUCACAUAUUAAAAUGAGUGGCAGUUUUUGACUUAUUAUUUUUGUCAUGUUUUGAUUAAAAGCAUACUGUUUCUUUGAAGAUUAAGCAAAUAAUGGUACAGGAUUGUGAAUACAGAUUGUGAAUUAUAAACAGCAAAUUCAUUAAUGUAUGUGGUAUGGUUUCAUUUUUAUCAAAUUGGUCUAGUUGGUGAAACAUUUUUUACAUGGCAUGUUGUUUCCAAGUUGCCAGAGUACAGUUAAUUGUAUAAAAGCAAUUUUUGUAUUCCAGUGUGCUUAUGGAUGCCAGAAUUACAAAAUAGUAUUUGGGGGAGGGGGGAAUUGAUGUGGCAUGUAAUGCUUUGUGGUUGUUUUGGUUAAUGACAUCUUUUUAAGAGGCUGUUUGAUACCAAAGGCUCCUCAGCUCUUCUGUACCACUGAUCAACUUGAUUUUAAUGUUGGUAAUAAGAUUAAAAAUGCCAUUGUUCAUGUACUUGGAACUGCCAUGGCAAUUUCUCAAUCUCUUGCAUGCUUUCAGGAAAAUGUAUUAAGCAGGAGCUAACUGCAUAUAUGUGAAGAGGACCUGUCACCCUAGCUGCCAUUGCACAGUUCUUAGCAGCUAGCUCAAUAGUGACACUUUAUGGUGGGAAUAGCUUUUAUGGUUACCUUCUCACCCAUAUAAUUUUCCCCUUCCAUCUUCAUGACUUCUGCAGCUAAUUUAAGGAAUUGCAUAAGCAGCCCAAAUAUUGACUCAGCUUGUGUUUGUUGACAGCACAAUCUCCCAGCAAGUUUCUGGAGAUUAUCAACAGCACAAAUGUCAAUUGAGGUUGGUUUACCAUUCUGUAUUGUAGCAAGUGCUUACAAAAAAAAAACUAAGCACAUCAUUAUCAGAGACCACAAAUCUAGUCUUUCUUUGAACCUGUGAUUUAUGAAACUGGUGAAAAUAUCUUUUUAUUUUUAAAUGCUUGGAAAAUUUGCCCUUCCUGUUUAGUAGGUAUUUCCAGAAUGCAAACCAGCUGUAUGUUCUAUGCAACUGUCUUUGGUGGGGAAGUUGAUUUUAAACAAAUAAAACAGUUUUGAGCUUGCA